GUCGAUUCACACCAACACAAACUAAAAAAUAUAAAGAGAUGUCGUCGACAAUCAAUGAAUAUACCGUCCACAGAUUAUACUACCAUACCAUACUCCUAAUAUUGCUUUAUUAAAGAUAGUAUUACACUCAAUCACAGAACACUAUUAUCCUAGCGGACACUCAGUAGUAUUAAUGCCCAUUGUAAAUAUAUAAUCCAUUAAUCUUCCUUCUAUACCCCACCUUAACUUCUCUGAUCCAUAUACUAAAAUCCAAAAUAUUCCUGUAUUUAUUAAAUCCUAUACUUUCCCAAACUUUGAAUUUGGCAAAUACACCAACAUGCCAAGCCAUUGAAAAGAAAAAAAACAGUUAUAAUUUCUCUUUUAGUUUGGUAUUUUCUUACUCUUACAAAACUUAUAUUAUUUUGUUUUGUAUCUGAUACCAACAUAGUUAUGACUGAAAACGUAGAAAAAUUAGAAUCUGGAAGUGAUGCACGACGUCGAAUACUGAAUAUUGCUGUAUCUACAGUUCUUUUGGAGACUGGUUUUGAAUCUGCAGACAAAAUUUCUUUAGAAACACUCACAGAAAUGCUUCAAUGUUUUUUUACAGAAAUUGGUAACUCUGCUAAAGGCUACUGUGAGCUUUCAGGCAGAGUUGAACCUGUUCUUGGUGAUGUUGUGAUGGCUAUGAUAAAUAUGGGUAUUAGCAUACAAGGUUUAGAGCAGUAUGCUGCUAGACCAAACAGACAUGUGAUACAGCCCCCACAACAAGCCCCAGCUCCUCGGACUCCAUCAAUGCUAUCAGCUGGUUCAAAGGCAAAACAUGCAUCUCACAUACCAUUCUAUUUGCCAUCUCUACCUGAUCCUCAUGCCUACAUAAGAACACCUACUCAUAAGCAACCAGUAACUGAAUAUGAGGCUAUUAGAGAAAAAGCUGCAACACAAAAAAGAGACAUUGAAAGAGCAUUGACAAAAUUUUUAGCAAAAACAAGUGAAACACAUAAUCUUUUUAAUACAGAGGAUAAUCAAGUUUUUCCAUUGAUUGCAUGUAAGCCAACGUUUCCUGCUUACUUGCCGUGUUUGCUGCCUACAGAUCAAGUAUUUGAUUUUGACGAAUUGGAAUACCACUUCCAAGUUGCUAAUAGAACUGAAGAUGUGCCAGCAGAAAAGAAAGACCAAUCAGACAAUGAAGGUGAUAAUGGCGGGGAUAAUGAUAAUGCUAACAGUUCACAAGCAGAAUCCCAAGACCUUCCCGUAAAUUCUAGCCCUGACAGAAAUAAGUCUGGCGGAUAACACAAUUUAUUGUAUCAAUGUAACUUAUUGUUAUGUACCAAAUAAGAGAUAUGAUUGUAAAACAAAUCUUUAUUUUUUGAGUUUGUGCAAAUUUUAAAAAUAACUCAAAUGUAAAUGGCUCAACAAUUCAGUGGAUAAAUUUUGUCGUUUUUAUAUUUAAUUUAUAAGAAUUUUGGUCUCAUUUCUGAAGAGAAAAAAAGAUUAAGAUAAUUGCAGUUGUUAAGGGCAUAAUUAUGUGAACUAUUCAAACAGAAAAAUAGAGUGUUUAUGAAAACAGAUUUUUUUGAAAAAAUCUGCAAUCCUGCAAACAGAAUUAAUUUAACUGCAAACUUAAUUAAUAAUACCCAAUUUUAUGUAUUCUUUAAAAUUAGGAGAUCUUAAUAAAAGCCGGUCUAAAAUAUCUCAAAGAAUGGGGGAUAGGACAUACCUUAUUGGAUUGCUAGCAAUGUACCAUCUCAGGCAAACGUACACACGGUUCCCCCUUGAGACUAUCAUCAUACAUUCAUAGUGAAUUUUCACAACGGGCUGACAGAACUGACCUCUUGUUUAUUAUCCUUCGCUGCUGCCCUGCUAGUGUAACGUGCUUGUGUGGCAGAUGCAGCAUUCCAUUCUUACAAAAAUAAUCUCUCAGAGAUGUAUAUAUGUAGUAUAGUUUAAAAUUUAAAACAAAAUGUACGAAAUUUUCUAAUGCACAAACUUUAUUGGAUUAAAUACAAGCUUUCUAAGCUC